AUGGCCGAUCUCGAUGUCGCUCGUCAUUAUAACCUACCCUCUGAAUAUCCCGAAGAAUGGCCUGCAGCAUUAGAUGAGGACAAUGCAUCGGAGGAGGAAUCUCUGGAACGCACUAGAUCUCGCCCCCGCAAAUCUCGCUAUUUCGCGUUGGAACGAACCCCUAGUGACUGGCGCAGUGGUUAUGGCUCCCGCCGAGGAAAGGAUACUAGAGAAAAUGCGCAAAAUGAUGAACCGGAUCCAUUGGGAAUGGGAGAUAGUGUCUUGCGCAUCUUAAAACAAAAGGGCCUACGUCUUGGGGAGGAGGAUGGGGGGAAACGAUCGCGGUUCCUGCUCUCAUCGACAUCCUUCUCCCCCGCACUCUUCCUAUCUCAAGCCCAUCACUCCGACUCAAUUGAAUCACUUAUGACUGGUCUUAAUCAUCUAUCCCAAUCAAUCGAUCAGAAGUCAGCAUCGCUGAAAGUACUGGUGGAAGCAAACUUCGAGCGUUUUGUCCGUGCCAAGGCAACCAUCGAUAGUGUAUACACGGAAAUGAGAGAUCAGGGUGUUGAAAAGGAAGCAGCUCUCACCCCUCGACGAUCUGGUCAUUUCCGAAGCUUGUCAGGACAACGGGGAGUGUCUCCAUCUCCUGGGUUCGCGCCACAGGCUCCAGCUCGCAAAACCGCCCUGGUUAAGGAGAGCGAAUACGGGAUGAAAGGUAUUCGAGCGCCUCUUGUGGAAGCUUCUGUCAAGGCAGAGGAAGUCUGGGGUCCCGCACUUGGUGGCCGGGAUCGGGAGCAAAUUCUUAAGUCGGUUGUAGAGACAAUGGAGAAACACCGGGACGUAUACGAAAUUGGAAGUCACCUAUCUAAGUCCAUUCAGCAACGCGACUACGACUCUGUGUUUGAGCAGUAUACCAAGGCGAGGACCCUGGCUAAUCGAGCGAAAAGUAUUGUGGAGCAGGUCUCCAGCACCCGUCGGCAACUCUCAGACUUUGAAGCGCAUACGAUCUUGGCUAUGGGGAGAAUGUGGUUGGAUGUGGAUGAUCAAAUCCAUGCGUUCAAGCGUGAACUCUGGCGACGCCUUAGCGAUGCACCCACAACUUCUACAACCAGCACUGCAUCCGGUCCGGUGGAGGAGCAUAUGGAGCUAAUCGGAGCGCUAUUGGAGUUGGGCGUUGAGGAUAAUCCCAUCUGGACGUGGCUUCACAGUCGCCACGAGUUUCUCAAGUCUAAAAUCAUUUCAUUCUGCGAUCGUUGCAAAGUCGAGAUCGAGAUUUUGCGACGCCGGCUGGCAGCGGGUGAGAAACCUACUGGGCAAGCCGUGGCAUCCUACUUGCGCCUGGCACCUCGCGAUGGUGCGGCGGAAACUCCGGAAAGACUGGACACCGACCAAGUUAUUGAGCUUUGGGAUUGCGUUCAGGCUUAUAUGAAUCGACUGCUUUCCUCCCAAGGGGGCCUGCUAGGCGAGCUGCUCGAUUUCUGGGAAGUUGCACAUGCAUUCAUUGAUGGUAGUCGCCAAAGACUCCUUCCAGUUGGGUUUGAAGGUGAAAGUCGGAAGCAUCACAAACUGACACCGGCCAACGUGGAAGAACUCGAGAGGGGUGUCGUAGAGCUGGUUAAUCUGAUUCGAGAGAAUGUGCUUUCAUUCGUCAACGAUCCGCCAACUGAGGACAUCUCACUUCUCGCAUCUCCUAUUCCACCGAGCCCAACAACCCCAGUAUCUCAUGGUGUCACCCCAACAGAGUCUCGCUUCAAACUGGACCCCAAGAAUUUGCCUAUUCCCCCACCUCAGCGAGGAGAGCACUGGGAAGGAUUUGCUUUCUGGCCACCUUUCUCGAACUCCCUUAGUGGUGUUCACUACUUGAGCAAGUUCCUCGUCACUGUGGGGACAGCGGCUAGUGAGAUGGCAGCCUUACAUCCAGUUAGCACUAGCAGGUCGACUCAUGAUCUCUUGAAAUCUCUAGUGAGUGUUUCCCGUGAAAGAUUUGCUCGAGUCACAUGCACGGCAUGGAGCCAGGACGCGGAGUAUUGCAAGAUGCUAGAGGACUGGACCCGUGAUUCUGAGAAGCGAGAUUUGACCAAGAUGCCUGGUCUCUUUGUGUCCUUUGAGAGUGCGAUCUUGAGCGGAAUGCAAAAGAUUCUGUAUAUUUCAGAAGCCAUAAGUAAAUCUGGAACUUUUGAUGUCGUUACUCAACCCCCGGCGAAGCUGCUCCAGAUGGUUCGCACCCAAUUUGUGUCUAGUGUCUAUAAAGCACUGAGUGGAUUGGUUGAGAAUGCGGAACAAGCCACGCCGUCAGAACAAGAGAAUGAAUGGGUCAUUACUCGACCAGUCAUGGCCAGUCAGGCUCUCGAUGCUGCUUUGUCGGUGCUGGCGGCCGACUCUGUGAACUCACAAGAUAGAAACGUACGAAUCCUUCUUACACUAUCUAAUCUUAAAGCCCUUCAAUCUGAACAUGUGCCACAAUUGAUCUCCAACUUUGAGGUCUCCUUUUCGGUCAAAUUGACAGAUGAAGGCAAAACGGUUCGGGACGUCUUGAAGCAGAUUGAAGAUCGGCUUUUCCAAUCUUACACCUCGCCCACCAUUGCCUUGCUGGAGAAGACAAUCUCUGCCGGCAUCGAAUCUCCAGAUUGGGUGCCCAAGGUUGACCGGCCUGAUCAGGUUCGCCCUUAUGUCUACAAUGCCCUGCUGACCCUUGUACUGGUGCACACCGAAAUCUCAACUACCAUCCCAUCUACCGUAGCUGCAGGGGCCAGCCGAGCGUCACCAAACUCACCCACAUCAUUACUCAACACUAUUCUUACACACUUGUUGGUCGAGAUAUCGAAGGCCUUAUUAAACUCUUUCCGAACUCGAACCAGCUUUUCCCUCCCAGCUCUUAUGCAGGCCACUCUCGACACUGAGUUCAUUGCGCAAACAUUAGCCCAAUAUUCGGGCGACGAGGCAUCUGAUAUCCAGGGCCAAGUCUAUGUGGAAUUAGAUCGUCGCACAACUAAUGAAGCUCGCGUCCAAUUGCAGGCCGACCUGGGCGAGAUGAGGGUGGUACUGAAACGACUUCGCGAGCGAACCAAGGGAGAAUUUGCCUGUUUCCGCAAAUCUCGAACCGGACAAAAGCCUUCUUCAUAA